AUGUCGCUGCUCUUAUUUCUCUCGCCUCUCUCGCUCCCUACGCUCUCGCUACUUGCCAUCUCGUUGCUCUCGCCUGCCUCGCCUGCCUCGCUCUCGUUGCUCUUGCCGCUCUUGCUGCUCUCGCUCUUGCUGCUCUCGCUAUCGGAGCUACUCUCGCCGUCGUCACGACCCUCGCUUUUCCUCCCUGCUCAAGCUGCUAUUACUGCUUUCGCUACCUGCCAUCAAGUUGCCCUCGCUGUCCUCGCCAUCCUCGCCAUCCUCGCCAUCCUCGCCGUCGUCGCUGCCCUCGCUAUCGCCACUAUCGCCACUGUUGCAGCUAUUGCUCUCGCUACCAACGCUGCCUGCGCUCUUACUGCUCUCGCCGCUCUCGUUACCUUCUCUGCCCUCGUCUUUGUCGUUGCUCUCAUUGCUCUCGCUGUUGCCGCUGCUUUCGCUACCUCUAAUAUCUUUACUACCCUCGCCUUCGUCGCUACUCUCGCUGCUCUCGCCUUGAUCACUGCUCUCGCUGCCCUCGCCUUCGUCGCUACUCUUACUGCUGCUACUAUCGUCACUGUUGCUGCUAUCUCUCUUGCUGCUAACCCUGCCUACGCUCUCGCUGAUCUUGCUGCUCUUGCCUUUAUCGCUGCUUACACUAUCCGACCUACUCGAGCUGUUGGAGCUACCCUCGUCAACGUUACAACUCUCUAUAUUUCCUCUACUCGCCUAUUAAUCUUGUAA